AUGCAGACACAGGAUGAAGCACAACCUAGAGAUCGUCGCCCAUGGACUGAGGAAGAAGAUGAGAAACUUCUAGCCGCAAUUGAAGAAGAGGACCCAGACACAAAUCCUCCGUCGCGGUGGCACGCAAUUGCUCAACAUAUACCCAACAGAACGAACAAGGAUUGUCGGAAGCGGUGGUGGGCUCAAAUGGCUACCGUCGUCUCUAAAGGUAGUUGGACCAAUGAUGAAGAUGAGCGUCUGUUCAAUGCCGUUGAAGAGCUCGGUCCUAAAUGGGCUCUGGUCGCGAGCCGAGUGCGAACAAGAAACAGUGGCCAAUGCGCAAAGCGUUGGAACGACGCAUUGAAUCCUUCUAUUGAUCGUAGUGGGUGGAGCCGGGAAGAAGACGAACUUCUUCUCAAAGGGGUCGAGGAACAAGGGCAUUCGUGGGCCAAUAUUGCACGCAACUGCCUUCCCGGGAGAACAGGACUGGCUGCAAAAAACAGAUACAAUCACCUUUUACGUGGUUCGGAUCGUCCUGCAGGUUCUAGGAGCCGGCGGAACACCACCAUCAUCACCUCUUCUAGAAGGCGGACCCGUGGUGCUUCGGUAUCGUCUCCCUCCUCAUACUCCCCUGCGUCGCCACAAUCGUACUCAGCGACUAGCCGAUCGUCUCCAGAGGGUUCUAUGCCUCCGUCGACUCCGGAGCCCCUCACAGAGAAUGACGUUGGUGCAUCUGGAUGCACAGUCGAGGCUGGCCCCGUUGACAGAACCAAGAUGAAGUCGGGACGUAUGUGCCAAGAUACGCCCUCUGGUUCCUUCUCUCCACCAGCAGGUCCUGCCAUGGAGCAUCAAAUUCUAGAUCUCUUCAUGUCCGACGCGUUUGCUGAUUUGUCUGCGAAUUCUCCUACGUCUUUGUUAGAUCACGUUCCUCCGGCCGGGACACCUCCCAUUCUGGGAGAUAUCGAGCAGUAUAAUCUGUUUGGACCGUGGUCGGAUGGUGUUCUCGGUUCAGCAACUUUCACGCCUUCAUCCUUCCUCGAUCCAAUGACUGGUGUAUCGCAGCAGGCCUCCUCCAGCGUCGCUCCACAUUUUUCCGGUGACAUAUUAGAUCUUCACGGCUUCCAGCCGGCCGCCGCGCCGGAAAAGGCCGAUUUCUUGACAUCCUCCUCCGCGUUACAUCCUCAAUUGAGAUCUCCCUACGUAACUUCCCCACCUUCAGAUUUCCCUGCAUUCUCUGAUGCCCAGGUGACAAUUGGGAGUGUGCCCAGCUUGCCUGACCGCGCGAGGAUCCAGGUGUCGCAGCCAAAUGUCGACCGUUCAGAUCGGCGUAUUGCUGUCGCAGUCGCAAUUUGCGACCGCCAGGACAUCGGGUCCACAGUCCAGUCGCUAUCGCACUCCUUAUCCACUAUUCUAACGCGCGGACAAGGCGCUGGCUCUCAAUGA